CGCGGGAAGAAGGAGGGGGAGUAUGUGCUCGGGCAGCCUAGAUCAUAAGCGUCUAGCUUUGUUUUACAGCUGCUUGCAAGCAAACGACGCCCUUGCUUCAGUGGGCAGCAGACGGCGCAUGUCGCGCGGAUGUACUCUGCUUCUGUUGGGCGCCACCGCCGCGCGCGACGAGGCGCCGCGGGUCCUCGACGUCCACGUCACGAUGUCGCCCGACGCGAUCUCGUCGUCCCGCGCGCACAUACCACACGACCCCCGAUAUUGCAUCGACCCGCCGCCGUUCGGUGACCAAUGCACGAUGCACGCGAAGGACGCGCUGGGCGCCUGCGCGGUUCUCGCGACCUGCGUCGGAUUAGUAUGCCCCGAUCCUGCACCCUACCGGCGCGGCGUUCCCCACAAGCGCAUCCGCGGGCCGAUCUGUCACGCGCUGUGUAGAAGUCGCCGCGUCGUGAGGCGCGCAAUCAACCUCGGGACACGCAGGCCAGGCGCGCGGCCACCUCGUCGGCGACGAGCGAAGCCACGGGAUGUGCAAGCCGGGGGGCUGCGCGCACAUUCGGGUCUCAAAGUCGGGCGGCGACGGAGUGGUCCAGGCCCGCCUGCCGCCCGCCGAGACGCUCCCGCCGUUCCUGCGCCACGCGUUCCCCCGCGGCGACGGAAACGGGUUGUUGGCGCGCGUACCGCUACCGCCCGCGACGCCGUCGAAGGGCGUCCGGCCGCCGCGUCGUCGACGCGACCAACGGCGUGUCAGAUAAAAUAAGUUAAACACAA